AUGUUGCGAUUCUGCAAGAGGUACUCCAACAACCCUAUCUGGCGUGGCUUCACAACUAAGACAACCAUGGCCCCCUUGCCCGACUACAAAGAUCUUCCCGCACUUCACAGUACUCUAGAAGAGGCUAAAAGAAUAGCAGCUUACCGUGCCGUGGAUGAAAACUUAAUUCCAGUACAGCAUCGUCUUAUCGGUGUAGGAAGCGGAUCUACAGUUAUUUACGUCGCCGAGCGUUUGGGCCAAUACUUGCUUGACCCCAAAUUUUCGAUUCUUGCAUCCCAGUUCGUGUGCAUUCCAACAGGGUUUCAAUCAAAGGAGCUUAUCUUGACAAAUGGGCUCACUUUGGGUUCUAUCGACCAAUACCCAUCGAUCGACAUAGUUUUCGACGGCGCAGACGAAGUGGACUCGGACUUGCAGCUCAUCAAAGGUGGUGGUGGAUGUCUCUUCCAAGAAAAGCUGGUCAGCACAAGCGCUGCCAAGUUUGUCGUUGUAGCGGACUACAGAAAAAGAUCACCAAAGUAUCUUGGUACAAAUUGGGUCAAAGGUGUGCCCAUCGAAGUCGUGCCAUCGGCAUAUGUGCGAGUCCUUUCAGACCUGAGGAUUAGGCUGAAAUGUAAGCAGGCGGUUCUGCGCCAAGGCGCACCAGCCAAAGCGGGUCCCGUUGUCACAGACAACUGCAAUUUUAUCAUCGACGCGCAUUUUGGAGAGAUCGAGGAUCCUGCGAAACUUCAUGCACAGAUCAAAAUGCUUGUGGGUGUUGUCGAGACCGGUCUUUUCAUCAACAACGCCGCCAGGGCUUAUUUCGGCAACCCAGAUGGAUCCGUCGACGUUCUGGGCUAG